AUGUCAGAAUAUAAGAUAGCUUCGAAAGGAAAACUAAGCUUUAAAGGCGAGAAAAGCUCAAAAAAAAAGAAAAAGCGGAAAUCUGAAGAAGCCUUCGAGGAGGAAGGGCAACAAGAAGGUUGGAUUUUUGCUCAAACAAUGAGCGACCUUGUUGGUCCUCUAUGCUUAAUCUUCAAUAGCGAACCACUUUGCUGUCUUCACAUGUCUGAAAAAGAUCGUUCAAUAAACAUUCAACCACUUCAGAAUCAAAAUCUCGCCACGGUUGAACCUGAAAAUGUCAACUCCGUAUUUGUUGGUGCUCAGAUAAUUGGCAAUCCGGAUCACAUCUCACUGAAGACUUGUGACGGUAAAUAUCUAUCAUCUGAUAAAUUCGGGAUAAUAACUGCAGAUAAGGAGGCAAUUGGGCCGCAAGAAGAAUGGACACCUAUAAUUCGAGAAGAUGGUAUCGCGUUACAAAACUCGUAUGAUUGUUUUUUGAGUGCUGAUGAGAUUGCGGAUGGUGGAUAUAAGUUACGAGCAGACGCGGAAACUAUUGGGUUCUGUGAGACUUGGCGGUUAAAGUGUCAAGCGAGAUUUAGAAAAAAGCAAAAGACCACGAAAAUAGAGGACAAACCGGCCCGUGAUUUUGAGAUUGAGCAAAUUAAAAAAUAUCAAACCUGGGGUGGUGGCCGAGUAAGAACCACCGAGGAAGGUACCUCAGAAUUGAAAAAAGCAAAGAAGGAAGGAAACUUUAAUGAAGUAUUACUUGACCGUCGUGAAAAAGUGAAGGCAGACCGAUAUUGCAAAUGA